AUACGUCACCGUCAAUUUUUAUCGAAUUGCGAACCGAUCGUUCUUGAUCUUAAUUUAACUAAAUCACACGUUUUUGUUUACUUUUUCAUAUAAAAAACACUUCUAUAAUGUGUUCGUAGUGCUAUCAGUGAUUGUGUUAAUUUCGUGUUUCUGUUGUAAUUGUGAAAAAAAUACUUUAUAAUGGCGAACAAUCGUAUCCCGUCCGGACCUAACACGCCCGGGAGCCAACAGACACCAACUCAACAAGGUAUUAAGAUCUUCAUACAGAGAGACUAUUCGGAGGGCACGGCGGUUAAAUUUCAGACGAGAUUCCCUCCUGAGUUGGAAGACAGAAUAGACCGACAAACAUUUGAAUUUACAAUGGAGAGAUUGAAUGAGCAUUUUGAAAUGGCAGAAACAGCCGAUUGCAGUACCUACUGUGAAGGUUGUCUUGCUUGUCUCACGGCUUAUUUUAUAUACAUAUGUACAGAGACACACUAUGAAAAGCACCUAAGAAAAAUUUCAAAAUUCAUAGCAACACAGAAUGAAAGAGUCUACAAUCCCAGAGGUAUACACAUAACAGAUCCUAUACUCAGAGGAUUGCGAGUGAUAGAGAUAACGAUCAUUGACGUACCAAACUGUCAAAGUCCAACUGGUAACUCGACAACAUCACAAUUACGACACACUUGACCACCACACGAAAACAGGGAGUUCUUCAUGUAACAAUUAAGGUAUUGGUUUUAAUAUACUGGUGCUUUGUUACUGUCAUAUUUGUUAUUUAAUUGGACAUAUAAAUUCUGUUAUCAGUAAGUGUUAAAAUUAGGUAAAUAAUGUAAAUAAUACAAUUAAAAUUUGUUUAGAAGUGUCAUUCGUAAGCCUUUAUAUGGUCUGUAACUUAAGCACCUGAGUUUGUUAUUAAAACCAAUUGUGUAAUAUUAAUAUUAAAUAUAAAUUGUAUUUGGAUUGGUGUGAACCAAUUGAGUAUGAAUGAACUCCCUAUGCCAAAAUGCUCUUCCGUGCUUUGUGAGGAAUUAAAAAUGUAAAAUGAUGGAUGAUAUUAGAUUGAAGAUUUGAAAUAUAAUCUUAGAUAUAAGACCUUAUUUCUAUUUAUUUCGUUAUGUUAGUUGUGACAUUACAUUUAUUUCAAAGGAAAAAAAUGCAAAGACGUAAAAUGAAAAUUGAACUAAAUUCAAGUAGUUAAUAAUUUUUUAAUCAUGAACAACUUUUGCAAAAAAUACUCUUAUAGUAAAUUAACAAGAAAUGCAUUAUUUGCAAGAGUCGAGUUUGUUGGAAUUUGUUUAAGUACAUACAAUUAGUAACACUGACGGAUUAAUAGAACAUUAACAAUUUUACUCACGGAGAGGGUGAACAAAUGAAUAGGGUUUUCUGAUGAAAUGAAAUAUGUAUCUGUAGAUAGGUGUUCUUGUUUUAACUUUUAAAAGAUGUUUAUUAUUAUAAUAAGACUUAUAACUAUGUAAUCAAUAGUUUAAUUUUAAGAACGGAUAUAUAGGAUUAUUGUAUUACAAGGAUGUAUCGUAUGGGUUGUAAUUUUGAAAUUUAAUGUGAGCUAUGAAAAUUUAUAUCAGUAUAGUGAUUCCAAAACAAUUGCUUUUUGAGAGGCAUCUAAUAUUUAUGUUUGAUUAACGUAAGUAGCUAAUAUUUAAACAUAAAUGGUGAUUGAACUGGAUUAAAUGGUUUAUUUUAAAAUGGCAACAUUGCGACCGAUUUCUGGACAGUUCUAUAUGAAUAUUUAUCAAACUGACUUCUGAUACGAAACUUAAAGUUGAAUAAUAUUAUGUUGUUUAUGAACCACAAUUUCACUGCUUUUCAAUAACUAAAAAGACGAAAUGAGAAGAUUUUGAAUGGAUAAUUUUGUGUUAAAGAUGCACCUUACAAUAUUAAUUAUUUAUCAUGAUAUAUAUACUAGAAAUUGAUCUAGUAUUACUUCAAAUUUGAGUCUGAGAUGAGAAAUUUAAGGGUGAAAUUGAGUAAUGUUAUUAAGAGUAAUUUUAUUUGCUAUCCAAGUACUACUUACCAAACAAAUCAAAUCAAACAACCAAAUCUCAGCUAAACUUGUUCCGAAUUGUAGUGAUGAGUGUUGCCAUAAUGCCUUUUUGACGGACCCCAAAUAUAUUUUAUAUUAAUUUAAUUUUAGAAUUUGGAUGACGCAUUGAUGAUUUUCUGGAAAAAACUUUGUUUUUUUAAUUUAAUAUAAAAUUUAAUUACUAUUUACAUAAUAA